AGCAGUGAGAAAACAAAUUAAGCAACGUGAGCGAUUUGAUGAAAGUGGGAGAAGAAGUGGAGCGAAUGAAGUUGAAUGAAGUUAAAAGUGAAGAGAGAGUGAGAGAGAAAUAGAAAGAGAUCUGAAAGAGAUGAGCUCGGCGCAGAAGCAGGUGUGGGAAGGGGCCAUUCCGCUGCAGAUUCACCUUCACGAAUCUGAAGUCACCACUCUCCCUCCUCCUCCACCAGCUCUCGUGUUGGCUCCUCGGAUAGGGUACUUGCCUCUGUUGAUCUCGCUCGUGAAGCCUCACUUCAGCAGCACGCUUCCCCCUGGACUUGACACCGUUUGGUUUGACUAUAAAGGCCUACCUCUCAAGUGGUAUAUACCGACCGGUGUUCUUUUUGAUCUUCUGUGCGUGGAGCCGGAGAGACCGUGGAAUUUGACGGUACACUUUAGAGGAUAUCCAAGUAAUAUACUGCUUCCUUGUGAAGGUGAAGACAGUGUAAAGUGGAGCUUUAUUAACUCACUGAAAGAGGCUGCAUAUGUAAUAAAUGGGAAUAGCAAAAAUGUCAUGAACAUGUCUCAACCUGAUCAGGUGGAGCUCUGGGACUCUGUUUUAAAAGGUAAUUUAGAAACUUACCGGCGGGUGGCAUCUAAGCUUAAGCUUGGAACCUCUGAAGAUGAAUAUACGGAAAAUGUUAGUUCAGUCUUGAUUAAAUCUCCACAAAGUACAGGGGAUACUGAUGUUACUGGACAAGUUAAGACUGGUAGGAUUCCUGUCCGUUUAUAUCUUUGGACAGUCACUGAGGAGUUUGAUGAUUUUGAAGAUGCUCCUCAAAUUGAUAAUUGGGACAAAGUCUCAUAUAUCAAUCGUCCUGUUGAGCUUUAUAAAGAAGAUGGUAAAUACUUUAGUUUAAAUGAUGCGGUUAAAAGAAUAUUACCUGAGUAUUUUCUGGAGAAUUCCUUUGUAAUUGAAGGAGAUACAAACAUUAACCAAAGUGGAGAAGAGGGAGAAAGAUCAUCUGAUCCCGGGUCAUCUUGCAACGCAGCUGAGAUUGCUGAAAUCAAAUUUGUUCGUAUUCAAGGGAUAGAACCAAUUUUAGAUAUACCUUUUUCUUGGGUUGUCAACAACUUGAUAAAUCCCGAGUAUUUUCUUCAUAUGUGCGUAUGCUUAAAAGUUAAGGCCAAUGCUGUGCAAUAGGGAUAAAUUUAGUUUUGUUGGGCAUACAUUUACUAGGAAAAAAAAAUCAGAAGGUGCAAUUUUUUUUGUAUAUAAAAUGUACAAAACGGUUUCAUAUCA